AUGCCUCGCAAGAAGCAAAGGGGGCCCCCGCCCCGCUCCAACAGACCCGGCCCUCCAAAGCCAGGGCCAUCGUCACAGCCUAAAGCCAAGGGAUCUAAGCAGGACUCUGGAGCUGCAAAAGAUGCGCAGAAGAAAGCGCCGGUGCAGGCGAAUCAACGACCAAUCGUGCCCUUCCUGAGGGGAGAUCGCAUUUUGUUAAUUGGAGAGGGCGACUUUUCCUUCGCCCGCUCUCUGGCGAAGCAAUACAAGUGCCGCAAACUGCUCGCCACUUGCUACGACUCGCAGGAGACUCUCUUCGAGAAAUACCCCCAAGCAGAGCAAAACAUCAACGACAUCCUGCACUCCAAGCCCAAGAGCUCAGAAUCUCAAGAUCAAGAGAAGCAGAAAUCAACCAACUCGCCAAAAGUCCUCUUCUCGAUCGACGCGCGCAAGCUCGGUGCCCAGGGCGGCGGAGGUAAGGAGAUCAAGAAUGGUUUCCCGCGACGAGAGCGCAAGAUUCCUGCUUGGAAGGCUCAGCAGCAACCGCCAGUCCCGAAACCGGCCAGUGGGCCGUGGGAUGUGAUUUGUUUCAAUUUCCCGCAUGUCGGUGGAAUUUCCACGGAUGUGAAUCGGCAGGUUAGGUUCAAUCAGGAGCUCCUUGUGGCGUUUUUUAAGGCUUGUGUGCCUUUGCUUUCUGCGGCGCCGGAUCCCGUUGAUUCUGACGAUGAGUGGGAGGGGGAGGAUGAGGAUGAGGAUGAGGAUGAGGAAGAAGAGGAGGAGGAUGCUCAGACUUCAGGCAAGGCUUCACGAACCGGGCCGGGUCAGAUUCUUGUUUCUCUCUUCGAAGCUGAGCCCUAUACGCUCUGGAACAUCAAGGAUUUGGCCCGUCAUGCAGGCUUGCAGGUUAUCACCAGUUUCCGCUUUCCGUGGACUUCCUACGAGGGUUAUUCGCAUGCCCGGACGCUUGGCGAGGUGGAAGGGAAGAAUGAAGGGAGGGGUGGAUGGCGCGGCGAGGAUCGCGAGGCUAGGAUGUACGUGUUCGAGGUGAAGAAGCUUCCGUUUCCUUGCAUUUAA